UCAGUGUAGCCCCAUCAGUACCACCUGUCAGUGUCCAUCAAUGCCACCUGCCACUGCCCAUCAGAGCCACAUCAAUACCACAUAUCAGUGCCUACCAGUGCACAUCAAUGCCACAUAUCAGUGCCCAUCAAAGCUGCCUUUCAGUGCCAACUAUCAGUGCCAGUCAGUGCAGCCUAUCAGUGCUUCCAAUCAGUGCCACCUCUCAGUGCCAUGCCUCAUCAGUGCUGCUUAUCAGUGCCCAUCAGUGCAGCCUAUCAGUGCCCAUCACUGCAGCCUCAUUAGCGCACAUAAGUGAAGGAGAAAAAUCACUUAUUUACAAAAUUUUAUAA